AUGGUGGAUGAAUGCUUAGAUAUUAUCUUCCCUAAUAAGGAGCUAAAGGUUGCUGAUUUCAUGGUUGAUGGCAUUCUUACUUUCCCAUAUUGUAAUCAUUUACCCCACUGUGAUGAUUGCCAUAAUAUUCUUCAAGGGGUGGAUUAUAAUAUUAGAGAUGAAGAUAAGGUGAUUUGGAAAGGCAGCAAAAAGGGAGAUUUUUCUAUGAAAGAAACUUUUCAGGCUCUUACUGGAGACAUUAUUGAGGUGGGAUGGACUAAGUUGGUGUGGUUUAAGAAUAAUAUCCCUAUAAAUUCUUUCAUUUGCUGGUUAACUUGUCAUAGAAGGCUUAAAACUAAAGCAAAAUUGCAGAGAUGGGGCCUUGUAAAUAAUGCUUCUUGUGUUUUGUGUGGUGGAGGAACUGAAGAUGAAGACCAUUUAUUCUUAUCUUGCUCCUUCUCUAGUCUCAUUUGGAAAGGUUUGUUAAUCAAGAUGGGAAUUUUCCGAGAUGUGGCCAAAAAUUGGGAUGAAGAGCUUCUUUGGUGUCACAACAACUUCAAGAAUCAAGGUGCAGUUAAUAAUAUUAAGAAAUUGUGCCUUAAUAACUUUGUUUAUCAUGUUUGGAUGAAACGUAAUAACAGGAUUUUCUCCACUAAAAAGACAAGUCCUGAGGGGGUCAGCCACCUUAUUACUUUAGAUAUCAGACUUGAGUGCUUAGCAAUAAAGAUUUCAAAUAUUGAUAAACCUUAUAUUAGAAGGUUUAUGGAAAAUUGGGGCAUUGAUUGUUUGUAA